AUGGAGAGUUACGAAGAAGCCUUCAAUUACAGCCGGGAAAAUAUCAUCAACCGACUUGUGGACUCAAUCCACAAGCUCGAGCAAUUUCCCAACCUGUUCAACGAGGUUGCCGUCGACAUCCAACUCGCCGCAAAGUUGCUUGAAGUCAACGUCAAGGGCAACGGUAAGUUCGAGGCUUAUCAGAAAGGCAGCAACGUCCCCGCUUGUUUCGAAGCUCGGUGUGAUUUGCUUCGCGAUGCCAUUGAUCGGCAAGGCUCAUUGCUUGCUGGUCGCUCGCACCUUGUCGGCCACACCCGUACCGCUUUGGAUUAUCUUCGAAUUCAGGUCGGUAGACUGACCCUUCGAUCCCAGGUGAACGAUAGCUAUGCUGAGCUGAUGGAGAACUCUGCUGCUUCGCGGGUGUCCCAAGCAGCUACUCGACAGCCCCUGGCACAUAAGGCCGAUGAGGAUAACCUCAAGGAGAUUGAGAAGAGUUUCGCCAUGUUGAACCAAGCGUUCCCUAACUGCAACUGCAAGCAGUGCACUAAGCGCCGGCUUACUGCGAGCUCUUAA